CUCAGAAAUGGCCGUCGAGGGACUGAGAUUCUGCAGUUAUCUACUCUUCGUCUCUCUAUUGAGCAUUUUAUCCGCUGCACUCUCAAACCCGCAUAUACGUGCUCUGUCAACCGAGGAGGACGUCAACAUUCCUCCUGCGGGAGUGAUCAUUGACGGAAUCACGACUUUGGGACAUGGCUGUGAUCCAGCUUUCACUUGGUCUGAGGUAGAUGAAACCAUGGUCGCCACGGUUCAUUUGCCACGCAGCCAACUGGAAUUUGGGCCUGGAAUCCAUGCAAACUUGACGAGGGUGCAUUGUAACGUUGGUUUUUCUAUUUGGAAACCGAAGGGCUGGACAUAUGGUGUUCAGAGUAUCGAUGUGACUGGGUAUUUCAAGCUUGAUGAAGGAGUGCGGGCGCGUAUUCAGGGUGACUACUAUUUUUCCUCGGGACCGUCUUCUUCGAAUCACGGGACUGUUGUGGGCCCUUUCCCCCACAGCCUUCAUACUUAUAGAGUGGAAUUCCCGUUGUGGCAUAGAGCUCUUGCCAUGUGCUCGGAGGGCUCGCGAGUUACAACCCAGACGGCGAUCAGGCUCAUGGAUAUUGACGUUGGGAAUUCUACUGGCGGAAGUGGAUCUAUUGGUAUACCGCGCCAUGUAAGUAUUUGAAGAGUUUCUUUUCUGCCUCAGGCGCAACUGCGACGGAUGAUGGAAUUUUUGUAAAUUAGGUCGAUGAUGGCCUGACUCUG